GAUGAGGGCACAUCUGCCGGAGUCUGAACUGCCUCUUUCGAGAGAGACUUGCACACCUCAGCUCGGGGCGUUUCGGUCACCAGUCACUUGGAAUUGUACUCUCCUUAUCAAGGCUCUCUCUGGUACCUGCCGAAAGACAUUCUGACAUGAAAAUGCAUGAUGUGAUCCAAUAUGUGCCAAUUAUUAUGAUAUCGCACAAAAUUAGGACAUCGUCAUCUCUAUCCUUCAGGAAAAACUUCUUACAGUAAGAUUGAGAGAGGGAUUUUUGCCUGGUUGAGUACCAUCUAAACAUGCAACAUGAAUCCCACUAACAGCACUGGAGCUGGUGGGCUUGCGCCCUGGAACUUAAACAGCUCCUUGAGCAACAUUUCCAGUGAUGUCUUCUCAGCCAACCUCAGCUGUAAUGAUUCUGGCACCAAUGAGACCUGUGUGGCGGGGGAGGAGGUGGUGGGAAGCCCCUAUAAAGCCGUGGAGAUGGUCUUCAUCGCCCUGGUUACAGGCUCCCUUAGUUUUGUCACUGUCACAGGCAACAUCCUGGUGAUGCUCUCCAUUAAAGUCAAUCGGCACCUCCAGACUGUCAACAACUACUUCCUGUUUAGCCUGGCGUGUGCAGACCUUAUCAUUGGUGCGUUCUCCAUGAACCUCUACACUGUCUACAUCAUUGUGGGCUAUUGGCCCCUGGGACCUGUUGCGUGUGACUUGUGGCUGGCCCUGGAUUACGUGGUGAGCAAUGCUUCUGUCAUGAACCUUCUUAUUAUUAGCUUUGACCGCUACUUCUGUGUCACCAAGCCCCUGAGUUAUCCAGCCAGAAGGACCACCAAAAUGGCUGGGCUGAUGAUUGCAGGUGCCUGGAUUCUCUCCUUCAUUCUUUGGGCCCCUGCUAUCCUGUUUUGGCAGUUUAUUGUUGGAGAGCGCACGGUUCCACCAGGAGAGUGCUACAUCCAAUUUCUCUCCAACCCUGCCGUCACUUUCGGCACAGCCAUCGCUGCCUUCUACCUGCCUGUGGUCAUCAUGAUGGUGCUCUACAUCCACAUCUCUCUGGCCAGCCGCAGCCGGGUGUCCAAGCAGAAGCCUGAUGCUGAGAAAAAGAAGAAGGGCCUCAAAAUACCUAACCCACUCAAGAGCCACAUCCUUAACAGACAGAAUAACAACAACCAGUCCCCCAAGCCCAAUCUGGAGUCCUGCAACACUGGUGAAGCUGUGAAGAAUGGCAAGAUUGAAGAGUCUGUUGUUUCCACCAAAGCUGACGCUAGUGUCAAUCGAGAAGAGAAAGAGAGUUCCAAUGACUCCAGCACAGCCAGCAUUGCCCCAAAAAACGCCAAGGAGAGGACCAACAGUGAAGCCACUGUCGGGGGGGGUUUUGGCGUUGCUCCUGCACCAGCUCCUACUCCUGCUCCUGCACCUGAACCUGCACCUGCACCUGCACCUGCACCUGCACCUGCACCUGCACCUGCAGCGGCAACUGUCAAACUCAACCCUGCCUCUAAAUGGUCCAAGAUCAAGAUUGUAACCAAGCAGGCUGGUGACGAGUGCAUUACCGCCAUCGAGAUUCAGCCACCCAUCCAGGGGAGCGAGGGCCGCUCUAUCCCAGUCAACCGUCCCCGGAAGGUGGCGCGCAAGUUUGCCAGUAUUGCCCGCAGCCAGGUGAAGAGGAAGCGCCAGAUGGCAGCCAGGGAAAAGAAGGUGACCAAAACUAUCUUCGCCAUCCUGCUUGCCUUCAUCCUCACAUGGACCCCGUACAAUGUCAUGGUGCUCAUCAGCACCUUCUGCCACUCCUGUGUCCCGGACACUGUGUGGGCCAUCGGCUACUGGCUGUGCUACGUCAACAGCACCAUCAACCCAGCCUGCUACGCCCUCUGCAAUGCCACCUUCAAGAAGACCUUCAAGAACCUCCUUAUGUGCCAGUAUAAGAAUAUUGGAACAAGAUGAGCUGGAGCAUACAUACAGUAGUAGGGCUGGUGAGGGGUAAUAUUACUGAGACAUCUGGAGGGCUGAGUGGUACAGUAGGAGGGGAGGAGGGAGCCUCCACAGGGAGCCUCCUCCUCAGUCAUGCUUAUGAAAUUAUGUCACACUCAAUGCUCCUCUGAGAUGUCUUGGCCACAGAAGAUAGUAACAUCAUAGCUAUGUCCAAAUGAUACAGUAUGAAUAUGAUGGCCAAUGUGAGGACGGGGCAAAUGAAGAAUCUGAGAUCAGCCAAAGUUAUGGAGUCUAAACAUGUCUAAGUUAUCUUCGUUGCCUCUUGGACCCUUAAUGUGAAGACCAACAAGGACUAAUUCGUAUCCACUGAAAUGUGGUAACAAUCUUCAAAAAGCCCAGCUGAAUGUCAGUAGACUAAGGCCAAGCCAACACCUGAGUCAUCCCUCUCCGAGAUACCACCACCUAACCAGAGACAGUGAGGGCAGUGUUACAUAAUGUCUGGGUGUACGGCAAAAGGCACAUUAAAAAGGAGCUUGGAAAUCUUCCUUUAUACAACAGUAUAAAAUGAAACAAGCAUGAGCUGUCUAAUUCAACUAUCCAUUUCCUCCUCUCCCUCCUCCUUAUUACUGAGAGAGUUAUUAACUCUUCACGGAAAUGGAGGCACUCCCUCACAUCAGUGAAUCAUUAUCAUAAUGUGAUAUGUGGUCAUAACAUGGAGAGCAAAAGACGAUAUGGAUUCUUUGUUGUCGCAGACUGUCUAACCUCAAGGCUAGUUGCACGUACCUCCAAGUACUGCAAAAUACUGCUGGUGACUUGAAAUAAGUUGUUACCCCUGUAAGUACAGUAUGCAUUUCCAUUCACCUCCCACUGACCAAAAUAUUGAUGUAUCUAUUUUGCUCAAAAGUGAUCUUCAAAAGUGACAAACAGUUGAUGGCAGUACAAGGCCAUGGCAUAAAUGAACAACCAGUGUUUGGCUCCAAAUAAUUCAUGUAUCUUGUUGUUAUGUUAUAAGGAGAAACACCCACAGGCAACGGUAAAGCUUUAAUUCCUUGCCAGCUUCAAAAUUAUGAAAGUGUUUUUUUUUGUAUUUAUUUAGCCUUCACUGCGAAUGGAACUACCGGUACAAAAAACAAACACUUGUUUAUAUGGGAUACUUAUCUCGAGAGUAUUAAACAUAUUUUCUAUGUUAUCUCCUGCCUAAUUAAGAAUGUGUAAAUAGAAGGCCAUUGUAUGCUCUAAAAAGUGCAGUUUCUCUCAUGCAUUUCAUAUCUGAAUGUUUGUACCUCUCUUGUAUUAUGUUUGUGGUUUACACCUAAUUUUACAAAUUGAAUAUAUAAAAAAAAAUAUAUAUAUAUAUAUAUAUAUAUAACUGUAUUUAUAUGCAAGAGAUAUAAAGAGAGUGUAUUUCUAAAUUGAUGUAAAGUCAGGAAUUUUGGGAAAACAUUUAAGCAGUUGUUUUUGUUUAGAAUGCCAUUGGUGACUAAGUCCCUUAUAUUUGUAACUUUGUCACUAUUCUCCAUGUUGGAUUACAAUGUGUAAAGUCCACCUUGUACCUCCCCAGCCUAUAUCCAUAUUCAUGAGGUCACACCAAUAAAUAGGUGGGUAAUAUUACUAGCUUUAUCUAACUGGUUCAACGCAUUUUCAAAGAAGGACCUUCUGUCAAAGAACUAAAUGCAUCAAAGUAGGGAGUAGUGGGAAAAUAACGCAUAUUGUCUGGGCAUGACCUCGUAAUGUAAAAUGACCAGCUACGGAUGUGCAUCCAUAUAAAACUGAUUUUGAAAUGAUCAUGGAGUGAUUACUGUGGUGGUAAAGCUUAAUGAAUAAUCCUCGUUUAAUGAAUGAAUAUAACAUUGGCAUGACAGACUGGGUGCGACCCAAAAAAGGGGUGUACGGGAGAGUGUAAAACAUGACCACAGUUUCCUGUAGUUUGGCCCUCCCAUAAAACAAUUAUCCAGAGACAGUGUACAGAGGAUUGUAUCUUUUUCUAAUGCUUAAUAAAGAUUGUGUACCAUUGGAA